AACCCUCCAAGUCCGAUGAAUGAUUAGCGAAAUUGAAAAAGGAAAAAAGAAAAUUAAGGCAUAAAGCAACAGGAGGAGCAGUAUUGAUAAGCAAAAGAAAAGAAAAUCGAGUGUUUCAAUUCGGCGUCGUCGUCUUCUCUUGUAUCGUAUCAGUGUCACAACCUGCUUCUCUGCGAUUUGGCGUUUCCACACGAACGACGCGACCAUGAUUCGUAAUGGGAGCUCAGUUUGUUUGUGAUAAUUUUAUUGUGUCUGUUCUAGGGUUUAGGUGCUGUGUUCAACUUUCAGAAACGAAACCCUAGCCAAUCAGGAAUGGCCUCCUACAGGCCCUUCCCUCCUCCGCCAUCGAGUCAAAUUCAAAACCCUAUCGCAGGUGCGAAUCAUCAGUACAAUAAUCAAAAUUGGGGUGCUUAUGGAGAUCCCUCCACUUCUUCAUUCCCCCCAAUCCCUCCAAAUUCCAAUUACCAACACCAACAUCACCAUGUUCCAUAUGCACCUCCGAAUCCCCAUCAUGCUCACUAUCCUUACCCACCACCUCCUCCUCCGCCGCCGCCGGAGGCUUCAUACCAGCCUCCGCCGCCGCCACCUCCUCCCAUGUAUUAUCCCUCCAACAAUCAGUACAACAACCAGCCCCCUCCUCCGCCGCCUCCUCCCUUGUCGCCGCCGCCUCCACCACCCCCAGUUUCGCCCCCUCCUCCCCCGGCAACUCAGAACAACGAAGAGCGGCGCUUCAAGGAGCCUUCCACGUCUGGGCGGCGUGAAUACGAGCAUUCCAAUCAUGGCAUUGCUCACAAACAGCACAAGCAUCAGCAGCAGCCUCCUUUGCCGGCGAAGAAGAUGAAUGGGCCUCCCGGUCGGCAUGAGACCGACGAAGAGAAGAGGUUGAGGAAGAAGAGGGAGUUUGAGAAGCAGAGGCAAGAGGAAAAGCUUAGGCAGCAGCUCAAGGAGUCCCAGAACACUGUUCUUCAGAAGACUCACUUGUUGUCUUCUGGGAAGGGCCAUGGUAUGGUUGCCGGCUCUCGAAUGGGAGAAAGGAGAUCUACUCCCUUAUUGAGUGCUGAGAGGGUUGAAAAUAGGCUCAAGAAGCCCACAACAUUUUUGUGUAAGCUCAAAUUCCGAAAUGAACUUCCAGAUCCAAGUGCUCAACCUAAGCUUAUGUCCUUCAAGAAAGAUAAAGAUCAAUAUGCAAAAUAUACGAUCACAUCUCUGGAGAAAAUGUACAAACCCAAGCUUUUUGUGGAGCCAGAUCUAGGGAUACCUCUGGACCUGCUUGAUCUCAGUGUUUACAAUCCUCCCAGUGUCAGACCACCUCUUGCUCCAGAAGAUGAAGAUUUGUUGCGAGAUGAUGAAGCUGCCACUCCUAUAAAGAAAGAUGGCAUUAAAAGGAAAGAGAGGCCUACUGAUAAAGGUGUAGCAUGGCUUGUCAAAACCCAAUAUAUAUCUCCUCUAAGCAUGGAAUCAACAAAGCAGUCUUUAACUGAGAAACAAGCCAAGGAGCUGAGAGAGAUGAAGGGUGGCCGCAGUAUUCUGGACAAUCUUAACAAUAGUGAAAGACAAAUCAGGGAAAUUGAAGCAUCGUUUGAAGCAGCUAAGUCUGAUCCUGUCCAUGCAACCAACAAAGAUUUGUAUCCUGUUGAGGUUAUGCCAUUGCUGCCUGAUUUUGAUAGGUAUGAUGAUCAGUAUGUUGUUGCUGCAUUUGAUAAUGCUCCCACAGCUGAUUCAGAAAUGUAUACUAAGUUGGACAAAUCUGUUCGUGAUGCCUUUGAAUCAAAGGCACUUCUGAAAAGCUAUGCUGCAACUACUUCGGAUCCUGAUAAUCUUGAUAAGUUUUUGGCAUAUAUGGCCCCAGCACCAGGAGAGCUGUCGAAGGAUAUAUAUGAUGAAAAUGAAGACGUCUCAUACUCUUGGAUUCGCGAGUAUAAUUGGGAUGUUCGGGGUGACGAUGCAGAUGACCCUACAACAUUCUUAGUUUCAUUUGAUGAGUCAGAAGCUCGUUACUUGCCUCUUCCAACUAAACUUGUUUUAAGAAAAAAGAGGGCUAAAGAGGGAAGAUCGGGUGAUGAUGUUGAGCAAUGUCAUGUACCUUCAAGAGUGACUGUAAGGCGGAGGUCUAGUGUUGCUGCGAUUGAGGUGAAGGAUUCUGGGGUUUAUACAAGUUCAAAGGGCAAUUCCUCAAAGAGAGGUGGUUUAGGAAUGGAUGAUGGUCUCGAACACCGACAUAGAGUUGCACCCGAUCAUGACAACGAUCAGUAUAGUGGAGCGGAAGAUUACAUGUCGGAUUGAUUAUUUGAUAAAUACUGCUGCCUUAAAGCAAAUUGGUCCAACGAAAUGGUGGUUGGACUGGCCACAGAUAGCCGAAUUUGUAGUGGUCUUUGUGCUUCAAUGAAGAAUAACCAAUGACAAAUCCCAUAUUUUUUUUAUGCCCAUUUUAACUUAAUGCACAUACUUUCAGAUUGUAGGCAGCUGUUAAAUCAAUAUAGAUUUUCUUCCCAAUACCAUUAUAUUAGAAAAUAUUGAAAAAUAAUGAAUUGUAAAAAGCAUGUCAGACUAUAUGGAAUCCUGUCAUUGCUGUGAAUUUUUUUCGUGAACAUCUUGUGCUUGUUAAUGAAAUUACUCUGGUCCCGGUUAUCGUUGGCCAUAAUGUUGUGACAUUCUGAUUC